CCCAGCAGCAGGGGGCAGUGGGGAAGGUGCUCCCAGCGUGCUGGUAUUGGAGCCUCACUGCGGCCCCUUCCCUUCUCAUGAAAUAUUGAGUGUGUGGAGACCUGAUCCUAAGGUUUCCACAAACCUUUGGAGGCCUUGGCAAGACUAAGCUUUGAGCUAGGACCACUGCUGAGAUUGCUUACUUUAGAAUCAAGCUUAAAUGAGGUCUGAUUUGGUUUAGGUUGUGGGAAUUAGCUUAAAAUGUGCUACAUAAAGGACUGGGUGUGCUUAUAAACGUGAGCUAAAGCACUUGCUUAGUUCUCAAGUUUGUAUUGAGAGAAACAUGAAAUCAGAUGCGAGUGAACGAGGAAAUGGAAGUAGCUUCCCAGUGGCAGGAUGGUGCGUGCUGUCCUUAGGCUUCCUGGCAAAAAAAUCCCAGCCUUUCCAGCAGCUUGCUGCAGGUUCCCCUUCUCCUAGGCUCAGUGCAUGGGCUAAGGACAGAUUCCACAUCCGCACAAAAUGGCAUUUCCCAGAAUUAAGGAUUCUUCCGGAGGUUUAUUUUUAUCUCCCCGGUGCAGUAGCACAGGUAGGCAGCUCGCGCAGCUGCUUCACCGGAGCAAUUACUGCCCGACGAACUCCUGCACCCCGGGGCCGAGCCUCCGGGCGCAGAGCUGGCAGCGGCACAUCUGUCGGGUGAAUUACCAGUGAAGGUGUUCCUUCUGCUAUAAGACAACGCAAAGCUCCUUGCCACGUAACGCUGAUUGGAUUAGACUGAGCAUAUUGUAUUUUUCGUGUGCUAGAUCUCCUGCCGCAGUUGCUGCCUUGUAAUAUGUGGCUUGUCAAGUGACAGCCGAAGUCAGCGCUGGUGUGGCUCCCACCUGGGGACUGCGGGGGGAGCAGGAAGCAAUCCUGUCCCAGAUGUAAUCCUGCUCAGCAAUAAAACAGAUUUCCUAGGGCCGAAUUUAAAAUAGAAACGAGCCGUUUCAACACACGCGUCUGUACAGCAGCGCUUUCUGUUUAUGCAGUAUCAGAGCUCUCCAGCCCCAGCCCGCAGCGAGAGCUGGGACCAGGGAUGGGGCAGUGCGGGGACUCGGGGGCUGCUCCCGCGGAACCCCCGGUGGGGUCACGUCCCCUGCACGGAGCCGCCUUGCCUGCAGCCACGUCCCCGGGGAGGGACAGGGGAGAGCAGGUGUCUGCGGUGCCCGGUGGCUCUGCCUCCCGCAGGGGCUCCGGGACCGGCUCCGCUCCCGUGGUGCCGCGGUGCCGCUGCUGUCUGACAGCAGGCCGUCUCCUCUCCCCGCAGGCGUGGACCGCGAGCUCGGUUGCGAUGGAGACCGUGUCCCUGGAGCACCAGAUCCAGAGCGUGCAGCGGCACAUCGCUUUCCUGAAGAAGGAGCAAAUGGAGUUGCUCCACGACCUGCACCUGGAGAUCCUCCGCUUGCAGAAGCACUGCUCAGAGCUGACCCACGACCUUGAAAUGAAAGAGCUGGAAGCCCGCCAGCAAGACGUGCUGGACCGGGAGCUGGAGGAGAGGUGCCGGGCGAUGGAGGCCCAGCUGCAGGAGAAGGAGAAGGACAACCUGGAGCUGCGCAAGGAGCUGCGCCACAAGGAGACUCUGGUGGCCGCGCUGCGCUCCAGCCUCCGCAACAAGGAGCGCAGGUUCCUGGAGGAGCUGAAGCGGAGGAGCCACCGCGUCACCAUCCUCGACACUGAGCUGCAGAAGCAGACAGAGGCAGCCGCCUACCUCUCCCUGCAGCUGCACGCCACCGCCCAGCGGCUGCCAGGACCCCGGGCCAGCGGGCGGCCACCUCCUGAGCAGCCCCCAUCCGAGGGCAGGCCCCGGCGCCGUGGCCACCGGGCGCACCCACGGCGCCCACCCGGGGAUGGUGCCCGCCCCAGGGACCGCACAUGUGAGGAGCACGACGCCAUGCCCGACCCGGCCCUCUUCCUCUACACGGCACGGCCGCCCGCCCCGCAGCGCCCACCAGAGCCCCCCGCCGAGGCCCGGGGCAUGCCCAGCACCGCUGCGGCCCCCCGGGCGCAGAGGUCCCCCCGGCCACCCCCACAGGAGCCCGCAGUCAGGGCCCGGCCACCCAAGGGCGAGCCCAGCAAGCGGCCAGGGUCUGGGCCCCACGGAGCCCGGGCCCGGGAGUAAAGUAGCCGGGGUGGGCACGGCCCGAGCGGCCGGGAAGGCGCUGAGCCCGGCGGCACUGAGGUGGGCGCCGGCCGAGGUUGCUGCCCCUGUCCCCCGGGAGGGGAAGGAGGCAGCGGAAGGUGGGUGCCCUGCCCGCACCCCCUCCCCGCUGAGCAGCCCGCGGUGCUGGGGCAUGGAGAGCACGGUGUGGUGAUGCUGCAUGAGGCUUGCCAGGGGGGAACAGCUGAGCAGCUGUCCAGAGCUUCCAGAGGAAGAAAGGCAGAAAAAUAGUGUUUCCAAGACGAGCAGAUCCUCCUGUUCCUGCUGCUGCUGUUCCUUGGAGAAGACGCCGGUCAUGUUCCCCAGGCCUGGGGUACCAGGUGCACAGCAGAAAGACCCGUGGCUUGGCACAGGGCUCAGCACAGCCCUGCCUCGGGCACCCCUGGCUGGGCUGGGCUGGGCUGGAGGGGCCCAGACACCAUCAGCACAGUCCUCAGUGCCCAGGGGUUGCCAGCGGCCGAGUGACAGUCGGCCCAGUUGGCACCGGAGGGGUUUUCCCCCUCCACAGGGCGGUGCAGCUGUGCCAGCCAUGUCCCAAGUCACCACUCCCCUCUGCGGGAUUUGUCGGGCUGUCACACGGAUUUCCCCGCCGUUAUAUGCACAUGGCAGGCUGGGACAAGGCCGAUGGAGAUGACCCACAAGCUGGAAGGCGCCCGCUCGCAGCACCCGGCGCUGCUCCUCACAUGCUCCUGGAGCAGGUUCCUGACUCGCGUCACCCGUGAUGGGCAGGCUCUGUCCAUGCACCAGCAUUGUAUUUGUUGCUUGCACCCGUGGCCAGGUGUUGGUGUUUCACCACAGACAAUAACCACGUCAGCAAGGCAGUGGUGAAGGUGGGAUCUCAUGCACCACCACCCUGCUGGGGCAGGACCAGCCGCAGGGGCGGCCCCACGAGGAGUGGAGGCUGCACAAUCCGCUUCGCCCGUGUCCCUGGGGGUGCCGCAGCUCCCUGAGCUGGGCUCUGGGGAGCAGCUGGAAGAGGCACUGUGGGGCUGCCGACUGUCCUCCCACACUGCCCAUCCCUCCCUCCCAGCACCACGGCUUGUGCCAGCGCCCAGCUUUGGCCCCUUCCGCCUUGCCUGACUUCAGACCAAACCAACGGCUUCAGCUGCUCUGAAGCAAAGAUGUACCCAAAAUGUUGUGGAAGAGCAGAAACUGGGACAGGAAGAAGCGGGGCAGGGGGCAGGUCUGGCCUGGGGGCUCCAGGGGAACUAAGGAGCCCCACAGGUAACCGGGAGCCAGGCGGUUUGGGUGCCAGCCCUCACCUCCCCCAAGCCUCGUGCUGUCGGGACACCAGGGCUGUGUCUGGGAGCAAAGCACCCCGAGGCUGCGCAGCCCCGCUGGGCCCAGGGCACAGCACGGCCCCACGUCCUACAGGGCGAUGCCUGGUGCGGGCAGGAGGAAGCCGUGUGCCGCCAUCAGACCCCAUCCCCUCUGAGUUCAGUUUGAAACCCCCAGGAAAGCACCACCAUCCUGCAGCAGCUGGGCUGAACCUGCCUCGAGCUCGCCCGUGGAGCACUCACGCAGUCAGAGGUCUCUAUUUUUGUAGUUCAGUGUUUAUAUAUUAAAAUGCUUUUACGAGAUUCUCAGUAACAGUCCCCAGGCCAGCUCUUUGGAUGGUAAAAACAACCCCCCAAGCAUACUGUCUGCACCGGCAGGACAGAGAUGAGCAGCUUUUGUACCUUUUCUUUGCCUGUGAUGUGAACCCGCUCGGUGAAGCGCCAGGCUUCGGAGGCAAGGCACCCCGCAGCGCUGCCCCCCGGCCGUUACUGACCAUGGCCUCUAAGCACACCCCCGAAUUUGCGAGGAGCCCCCUGACACCUCAACUGCACAGCCCCAACGCGGGGACAGCUCAGGGCCGAGCCAUGCCCGCGGGGUCUGUGCCCGGCCGGGUGGGACGGGGCAGCUGCUCCCCGGCGCUGGCAGCGGGGUGCCGCAGUGCGGCCUGCCCCGGGAGGCCGAGCGGGCAGCGCGGGUGUCGCGGUGAGGCGCCUCGUGGCCUUCCGACGUGGCUGCGUGCCGCAGGCUCAGGGAGGUUCUGCUGGGAGUACAGCUCGAUUUUAUUUUAAUGUGAGAGAGGGUAAAGAAAUCUCCGUGCCGUUCGGCCGAGCGUUACUUUGGCUGUGGUUUGCACAGCGGCUUUCCCCCUCGUUUCUAGACAAUCCUGAUACACAGAGUGUGUUGCGUUUUUAUUAUAAAAUCAUUGAUAAAAUCAUGGUGGUCAUGACUGACCUCAGCAUUAAAAAGGGGAGGGAGUGUAAAUACCUUCCUAUUCUCUGUAAAUACCUUCCUAGCAAUCAGCAUUUUUAGUGCCUAGCAAUGUAAAUGAAGCAACCCUGUGGGAGCUGCAGGAUCCUUCCCUCUUCACCAGUAAUUAGCAGCUCGCUGGAGGAGUUUAUCUCAUCUCAUCCCAGUGCCCCCAUGACUUCUGCCCUUCCCAGCACCCCAGCAGCGUGGAUGAACGGGAGAAAGGCAGCGGGGCCCUGAGCGGGGCGCUGUGGGUCCCUGCCAGCAGCCCUUGGGUGCGCAGAGCCUCCCGGUCCCCCCACAGGCCUAAAUGCGCCUGGAAGCGAGGUGAUGGAGGUGUUUGGGGCUAGCCCUGCGCUUCCCAGGGGAUCCUCCCCUCUGAGCUUGGGGGGCCAGCUCUGUGUGCUGCACCUACUUCAGUCACUGCUGCUGCUACUGGUGGGGGGGAAGCUCUAGAGUACUAUAUAUACACAAAUAUAUAUACAUAUAUACAUACAUGCACUUGCUUUGAGGGGAAAACACUGUAUGAUUGUAAUAGAAAUUAUGUUGAAAUAAAUUAUUUUAAUCUUUGUAUUUAUAUAAAAUGAUCAAAGAGAUCAAAAAAAUGAUCAAAAAAAGAAAAAAACAAGCAAGGAGGCAGUGUUCCUAUUUUUAGUAAGUCGGCUGCUGUUAGAUGCAGCGAGCCCAGGGGAGCAGCAGGGACGCGGGCAGCCUCUUACCAACCCCCGGGUCCCUGGCUGGGGGACAAAGCAGCAACCUGCAGGCUGCAUUUGUCCCGUGCUGUCAGACUCCCUGGGAGUCAAAAUGGUUAACGUAGCUUAAACCUGCGCUGUAUAGCUCUGUGCAUAGACACGUAUAGACCGAGGAGUGUAACUGCUGACACCUACAUGCUUUGUAUGGAACAAGCAAUGUGUAAUGUUGACUCGUAAAGCUUAAUGAUUAGACUGGAAAUGGAUGCAUAGCAAUAACGCUCAGUUGUUAAACAAUAUCUUAUAUAUAUAUAAAACACAAUGUGCUGACAAGUCUCUGUGUGCAGACUAACAGCCGGGCACCGCUCCUGUACCCGCUGGUUUUGUUCUGCAGCUGUGCAAACCCUAAUGGUUUUGAUGUGUUGGAUUUGUUAA